AUGGCGCCGGCAACCAGCCGGCCACCCCAGGGGCACCCGGGCGCCAAAAGGGGCACCUCCCUUCCUCUGGCGAUCGGGACCACCGCCGCUGCGGUGCUCCUGGGCACGACUUGCCUCUGGAUGCUGGUUUCGGCGUCCACGGUGCAGCUCGUGGGCGUGCCUGGCGCCACGGAGCGAAGGGCUGCCCCAGUUCCUGAAGCGCCCAAGGACCCAACGGCGAGUUACCUACACAUUCCGGUGGGUUUUUCCUUAUCACAAGUUGUUGUCGCCGCCAUCGCACCGUGUGAAGGGCAGCGUUGUCAUGAAACAGACCAUCGCUCUGCACCCAUUCUGGCGCGUCCUCUCGCUCCCUGA